AUGCUUGCAGUCGACCCAUCCAGACAGCACCCUUCCUACUUUGAACCGCUUACGAUGGAUUCUGCCGUUGUUGACCCCUUCGCUUACCAUGUCGAUCACUUGAACUAUAACUCUUCCCGUGUCCCUCACUACUACGAUACCCCGGGCCUCUACACCGAGUCAGCCUCUGAUAUCAAGGCUCCGGGCUUUCCUUCCAUGCCCGUCACUCCUCCUUCAAUCCCUAUCUCUCAGUCGGCCGACCCUCACAUGUCGGGCCUUUCCACUGGACCUUCCAUUGCAAGCGCUUCCUCCUCUGCUGUCGGCUCCCCAUACUCGGGAACCAUUCACGCUUUCCAGGACAACUGGGUUCACACCAGCAACGGCAUGGGACAUCCCGGGGCUGUCAUGGACGAGUUCUUUCCUAAUGACUAUGCCGCGGGCACCCUGGACGCCGAAGGAGCUUACCAGAAGGACCAAGAGGAAUUUGUCGCCCUCUCCCUGAUUGAGCCCAUGCAAAAUCAAACCCAUCUUUCUCCCCCUACCUUUUCAUACCCUGAGCAGUCCAACUACAUGGGCUUCUUGCCCCAGCCCUCCCAGACCCCCGAGGCAUCCCCCGUCCCGAUGCCUGAAAGCUACCCCGCCGAACAACCUUCUUUGGAACAGCCAAGGGAGGUAUCUGUUUCAUCGCCCGCCCCAGCUGCGGUCAGGGAAUCAUCGGUCUUAUCGACCCAUUCCCGCCGAUCUCCACACAGCCCUGCUGCGAGCAGCGCUGUGAGCAAUGACGAGCAGAAAGGACAGGGCUUUUGCCCGAUUGCCGAGUGUGGAAAGUUUUUCAAGGACUUGAAGACGCACAUGGUCACACAUCGAUCCGAAAGGCCUCAAAAGUGCCCUCGGACCGAUUGCUCCUUCCAUACCAAGGGUUUCGCCCGCAAGUAUGAUAAGAACCGUCACAUCUUCACCCACUACAAAGGAACCCUGGUGUGCUGCUUCUGCCCCGGAUCUGGCACCCCGGCCGAAAAGACUUUCAACAGACUCGAUAUCUUCAGGCGUCACUUGACUGCUGUGCAUAAUGCGGAACAGACGCCCUCCAACGGCCGCAAGAGGAGUCCAAAUGGAUCGACCAAGAAAUCCACCGUGCAGUCUAGUCAGGCAACUGGCAAGUGCACAACUUGCUUUGUUACUUUCAAGAAUGCACAAGAUUUUCAUGAUCACUUGGACGACUGUGUCUUCCGAUAUGUACAGCUCCAGCAGCCCAGUGAAGCUAUCAACCAGCAACGACUGGCAGAAGUAGCCUCGGAUGAAGAGGUCAAGAAAACCUUGGAAAAACACAAUCUACCUGACACGGCUGGCUCCGUUGAUCAGUUUUACGACGAAGACGAUGAAAAUAACGAUGACGACUUGAACGACCCAACCAUUCUCAGCAAUAGAUCGGGCAAAGGAUCCCUGAAGUCCACCAAGGGGAAGCCAAACGCUACCUUCCGUCCCAUCAAGGGAAACAACAAUGCCAUCUCCAAAAAGGGCAAAGCGCUUCCAACCGCAUCGAAACGUCGGAGUAACCGUGAUCACUACCCUCAGUCUUGGGGCUGCCCUCGCGCGAGCAUGAAGAUCAAGAAGCGGGUUCUCUGCGUUUUCGACGGUAAGCGCCGUCUGUGCAAGGAUGACAUGAUGCUUGAUAAUGAGUUCGAAGUUCGAGUCAAGCUUCCCGGUGGUGCUGGAGACGGCACCGCCCGUGAAGCAUAUGUCACCGACUUGGAUGUUGAAACAAUGAAGCGUGCCGAAGGCAUCUUCAGCGCGACUGACGAGGAGCGAGGUCCUUGGCUGGAUAGAUCUUCCAACCAACUCAUUGGACGACCAGCAGUCCCACUGCCCAAUAUCUCUCCGGACAUUGAUGAAUUGAUGUCCUGA